UCUAGACUCUCUCUCUUUACACUAACAUUCACCCAUUUCCAAGACAUCUCUCUUUCUCCCUCUUCAUCUUCUUUCUUUCUUUCUCCUUCUCUAGGGUAUAUAGCUCUUUCUCUGAUCUUUGGAUCAGUUCAAGAAAUCGACUGCCUACGCUACAUAUAUAUAUACUCUUCAUCAACUUGCAGCAAGAAGUGUCACUUACAUACAAUAAAGCAAUCCCAUCUCAGUUAAUCUUCAAAUGGGAACUUUCUCUUUCUCUCUUAUUCAUUAUCAUUUUGUUCAUCACUCAGGAGACUGAUCAAGAUUAUUAUUGUCAAUGGAGAUGGAAUCUUGCGUCCCACCAGGCUUUAGAUUUCACCCAACAGAGGAAGAACUUGUGGGUUACUACCUCAAGAGAAAGAUUAACUCACUGAAAAUUGAUUUAGAUGUUAUUAUUGACAUUGAUCUCUACAAAAUGGAGCCAUGGGAUAUACAAGAGAGAUGCAAGCUAGGGUAUGAUGAACAAAAUGAGUGGUACUUCUUCAGCCACAAGGACAGGAAGUAUCCCACCGGAACAAGGACUAACAGAGCCACUGCUGCCGGAUUUUGGAAGGCAACAGGGAGGGACAAGGCCGUGCUUUCAAAGGACGAAAUUAUAGGGAUGAGGAAGACCCUGGUUUUUUACAAGGGGCGUGCACCCAAUGGAAGGAAAACUGACUGGAUCAUGCAUGAAUAUCGACUCCAAACAUCUGAACACGGACCCCCUCAGGAAGAAGGAUGGGUGGUCUGUCGAGCAUUCAAGAAACCAAUCCCUAACCAAAGGCCAUGUUAUGAAGCUUGGAAUAAUCAUGCUUAUUGUGCCAACGUUAGGCCACCAUCAUUUUCAAAUACAGUAACCACUUCACAAAUGGCUAUUCAUCCGAAUCAAAGUGCAAGUUUUCAUCACCAGCAGCCCUUUGGCUCGGGCCCUGCAGCAGAGCUAGUUUCUAGCUAUACUUUUUUGGACAACAAUAACCAGCUUAUUGAUCUCCCACAACUAGAUAGCCCUAGUACACUUUCAACAAGCUUUGCAACCAGAGAAGGUUUCCACAAUAACAACAAUGGUUUUUGUAAUGAAGAUUUUGAUGAAGGAAGGAGCAAUAGCAGUACCCAGUUCAUUGACUUGAAAAACUUGGAUAGUUUACUUGGAUCUCAAGUGAACGAUUCAACCUCUUAUGUUCCCACCCCAAAUUUAUUGCCUUCCAUUACUCAGGGCUAUGAGCUCAGCCAUUUUCUUGGUUGCUUUCCUGACUCAUAACAACAAGAAAACAACAACAAAACAAAAAGGGAAAAGACCCUAUACUAGUUGUUGCAUACCCAUGUAGAAUAAUAAUAAUAAUAAUAAUAAUAAUAAGUUCUGGCAUAGGAGUUGAGUUCAAAGUCCAUUUUAGAUGGAAGUUGCAUGCUGAUCAUUAUCAUAUAUGUAGGGGGGAAGAAGAAGAAGAAGAAGAAGAAGAGGAAAGAAAUAUGAACUUUUUAUGUUUGAUCUUCCCCACAAGUUAUAGAGUCAUGAUCAAAGGGUGAAGCUUUUAGUUCACCUUUAUUAAUUACUUUUGGCUAAUUAUAUAUGUUUUUAUUUCAUAAUUUGUAAAUUGUUUAUCAUUGUAUUUGCAUGCAUAUAUAUAUGUACUUAAGAUGUUUGUUUUUCGUCACAAUUAAUGUUGUAUCUUGUAAUAAUUAAUCAUAAUGUUUCUGUA